AUGGCGACAAAGGACUCAUCAUGGGAAUUAGAAUCACCAAGAAGGCUUCAAUACCCACUCGACUCCACCUCAUACAAGCUCCUCGACGAGAUCGGUUCCGGCGUCAGCGCCGUCGUCUACAAGGCUAUCUGCAUCCCCAUCAACUCCUCCCUCGUCGCCAUCAAAUCCAUCGACCUCGACGGCUCCCGUCCCGACUUCGACGACGUCCGCCGCGAAGUCAAAACUCUCUCCCUCCUCUCCCACCCCAACAUCCUCAACGCACACUGCUGCUUCACCGUCGACCACCGUCUCUGGGUGGUCAUGCCCUUCAUGGCCGGCGGAUCCUUCCAAUCCAUCAUCUCUCAUUCCUUCCCGGACGGAUUCUCAGAGCCAUGCAUCGCAUUCAUCCUCAGAGAAACUCUCAACGCUUUGUCUUACCUCCAUAGCCAGGGACAUCUCCACAGAGACAUCAAAGCCGGUAACAUUCUCGUCGAUUCCAACGGAUCCGUCAAGCUCGCCGAUUUCGGCGUCUCCGCUUCCAUCUACGAGUCAAUCAUGAGCUCCUCUUCUUCCUCUUCUUCUUCUUCAAGUGUUCCUGGUUGUUGUUCGUGUUCUUCUCUCAUGCUCAAAGAUGUCGCCGGAACACCGUAUUGGAUGGCGCCGGAAGUGAUCCACUCCCACGUCGGUUACAGUUUCAAGGCUGAUAUAUGGUCGUUUGGGAUCACGGCGUUGGAGUUGGCCCAUGGAAGGCCUCCACUCUCUCACCUUCCUCCUUCUAAGUCCAUGAUUCUCAAGAUCACCAAGCGCUUUCGCUUUUCCGAUCUGGACAAGUUUGGCGGCGGUUCCAGCUCCCACGGUAAGAAAUUCUCCAAGAACUUCAAGGACAUGGUGGCUUCUUGCCUGGAUCAGGAUCCGGCUAAGAGGCCUACGGCGGAGAAGCUUCUGAAGCAUCCGUUCUUUAGAAACUGUAAGGGCUCUGAGUUUUUGGUGAAGAACGUGCUGCAUGGGUUGCCUAGUGUUGAGAAGAGGUACAAGGAAAUCAGCAAGGCUUCUUCUAUGAAUAAUAAUGAUGAUGAUGAUGAUGAUGAUGAAGUGAAGCAUGGGAAGUUGAUGAAGCAAAGAAGGAUAAGUGGGUGGAAUUUCAAUGAAGAUGGAUUGGAACUUGAACCUGUGUUCCCAAAUGAUGAAGAUGAUGAGGCCAAGGCAACAAGAGAAGCUAAAGGUGAAGAAGGUGAGAAUGAGAAUAAUAAUGAAAGGUUAAAGGGUAUUGAAGGAGUAGCCAUGAAUGUGAACAACCGUGAUGCCAUGUUAGCCACACUCAAUGUUCUCAAAGGGAGCUUGGAACAAGAGCUAGCACAAGUCAAGGCCUUGAUCAACAUCUUACGUGCAGAUCGUAAUCAUCAUCACGAUCUUGAUCAUGAUCAGCAGCAGUUGGAGUCACAACUAGACACCUUCAAGCUUCACCUUUCUUGAAAUUUUAUUGAUUCAACCUAAAGUUUCUUAUAUAUAUAUUUCAUAUUUCAUUUGUGUUGCCAUUCUUGUGUUGGAGAGAAGCUCAAGAGCUAACAAAAUUUAUUGAUCCAAUUUCUUUAGUCUAAUAAUCCAACAAUAUACGUUUAUUUUAUAUUUGUAUUGGUAAAAAAAUAGGUAAUGAUGAUAGUCGCUAUAUUGCUGCAAAAAUUUAUCAAAAUACACAAUAAACAAAA